UUGCGCAGAGACGCAGAGGCUGGUUGCUGCAAGCGCGCGCUACGUCAGAAUGACGGGCCGAACGAGCAGCGACCGCUAAACCACCCUCUCUGGUCGGGGCUCUCUGCGGGCGGACCAACGCGCCGUCUAGGGAGAGGUACGCGAGCAUGGGACAGGGAGCGGUGUCGUGAAGGAGGGCGGAAGGCGCGUGUCGUGGUUCGCGCGCGUCCGCGGUCAACGGGCGCUCAGGGUGGCCGAGUGACGCCGACGACGAUGGCGAGCUCAGGCUCAGCGGUCGGUGACGGGGUUGGCGACGACGGCACGACGGGCGUGCCUGGCGGCGGGCCCAGGAACCCCCUCACCUGCGGUAUCUGCCACGAUUACUACAACGAGCCCUGUCUGCUCUCUUGCUUCCACACCUUCUGCGCGCGUUGCAUACAUGGCCCGCACAUCGACGGAACGAUCAAGUGUCCCAUCUGCGGACAACAGACGCAGUUAAAGGAUGGAGCGCAGUUACCACCACCCGAUCAGCUGAUACAUCAAUUGGUGGAAUUGGCAAAUUCUGAAAAUCCACCUUGUGCCAAUUGCGAUAAGCGCGAUAAGUCCACAAUGUUUUUUUGCACAACGUGCGGACAAGCGCUUUGCACCCAUUGUAGAGAGCACACCCAUCGCGCCAAGAUGUUCUCCACCCACGAAGUGGUUCACAUGAGCAAGUGUGCCAAGGACACUCAACGUCGUUGUCCGACCCACGGGGAGCAGUAUAUAAUGUAUAGCCAGAGCGCCAAGUGCAUGCUGUGCGCCACGUGUUUCCGCGACACGCCCGCGGACGCGCGGGUGCACUGCGUGGACAUAGAGAGCGCCUGGCAGCAGGCCUCGAAGAAAAUGGAACGAGCGGUAAAUUCCAUUUGCGAGCUCCAAGCAGGUAUCAGGGAUGGCGUGCUGGCGCUCAAGUCCCAGUUAGACGAGCUACGCCAUAGCCUCGAAUCCGAAAAGCGCGCCUUAGGUGCAUUCUGUCAGGGCAUGCAGGAAGCGAUUACCAAGACACACGCUUAUGUACUCGCGGAGCUGCAACGUCAAUUUGAGACCAAGGAACGUAUGGUACGCGCGCAACUGCUGUCGCUUGGCAGUGCGUUACCUGUGCUGCAGAUGCACUUGAUGCUGUGCACCGCGUUCACCAGCGGUGCAACUAAGUAUCAGUUUCUCGAAUUGGCACAUCCGAUGCUGGAGCGGCUGAGCCGCGUCGCACAGCUUGGGCAUCCAUCGCGACCGCCCUUGCUCGCUGCUCACAUUAGAACGAAUUAUCGCGCCGAUUUUGCCCGCGCUCUGCAGCCCUACAUAGGGCAAACGCAAAUCACCAAAGCCGCCGCUGCCGUCGAAUCUUUGUAUGAUCAAACACCAGUUGGCGGUCACACGUUGGGUCAAACAGUGGAAUCGCAGAUGCUUCAGAGCAGCAAGACUGCUCAAAAGCUACCGUCGAAGGGCGGAACUGAUGGCGGCCCGUUCUCUAAUCAUUGUCGGACCUUCGACACUCAGUUGAAAGAACUAAGUCAACAAUUGAUGGCAGUGAAGGAACGAUUGGGUGAACUGCAACGGGACGUCUCCGUUUUAAAGAGAGCAAAUACUCCGCCGUUGGGUACACGUUAUGACCAUGUGGCGAGGGAUUGCCGUCUGUUAGAACAACAGCUGGAGCAUCAUCAGAUAGAAUUAGAGCGACUCAGAAAUGUCUUUGACGCGCUCUGGGAGGAGCAAGUGUGUAGGAUUCACAUAGAAAAAGAAAUCUUUCAUUCGCAGAUGAACGAUAUAUUAUCGUUGAGGAGCGAAGUAAAAAAAUUGCAAGCGCUUGCUCAACACUUGGAGCCCUUUGUAAAAUCAUUCUCCACGGGCAUCGGCGCCGGAGAAGUGAGUCUGGCCGCAGCAGACGCCGCCGACAAUCAGCAUCUGCAGGCUUUGUUGGAUCAUCUGGCGCGCUUACAAAUGCAGGAGCCGCCGCCGCAUCCGCAAGCUCAGGCACCGACGAAGGAACAUCGUCAUCCUCGUAGCACCGCCACGAGUGCCGACAAUGCGCUAUAUAUGAAGGAAACAAAGGAAAUUCCUACACGAUGUCGCACACCAUCCGGCGGAGUGGGCGCUGUAUUGGACUCGAGCGGUAAUAUAGUCGUAUACGGGACGGCCAAAUCAACCGAUCCGAAGAGAGGUGUGCUCAGUCAAUUGAUCGAGAAGGCUAGAACGCAGAAGGAAGAUCGUAAGAAAUCGCCCGGCAGAGAGGAUGGUCGCGAUCGCAGUCAGAGUCGGCGCUCGCGCAAAUCGCCCGACAGCGCGAAGCCGAAGACGCCGCCCGGACACUCGUCUGGUAGUAAGAUGCGGUCGUUGUAUCGCUCCUUAAAAGGCAGUACUGGUGAUACGUCCGCCGAGGGGCUCGAUCAGGCAGACAGGUGUACCGAUUCGCAGCAACCUCAAUCUCACAUCGCAGGAGAUGAUGGCGAGUAUCAACGAAUUUCUGAGGCUUCGAGCAUGGGUGAGGCCAAAAAGCGUGUGCAGGCGCAGGUGCACGCAGUGCCGGUGGAUGAGCAGAUACCGGCAAUUCCCGUCAGCGGCAAAACCUCCAAGAUUUAUCCUGCUAGCGAUUCCGAGGAAUUGUUCUACGCCGAAGGUGCGAGGGCGGCCAGCGAUGCGAGGAGACGGCGACGAGCCAGCUGCGACAGCCUGAGCACGACUGGUUCCGGCAACAGCAGGCGAUCGAGCAUCGCCGAUGGGACGGUAGGUCAACAAUCCAUCGCUCAGGACCCCCGGAAAACCCUGGUCGUUUUGAUCGGACCGACGUCACGGACGUCGUCGUCUCUCGUGCAGAAGCAGCGUUCCUGGGAGACCUUUCCACGGCCCAAGAGCAAACGCAGUGGUGGCGAGGGUGCGGGAGCGGGGGCGUCGUCCCUAGGCCAACUGAAGAAAGCUGACAGUUUCGAGGGCCACGAGGAGGCGGUGCGCACUUUGGUAGCAGCCGUGCAGGAGACGCGCUCUCAGCUGCGACAUCAUCAUUUGCAUCAUCACCGUCAUCAUCGUAAGAGCAAGACGAAUUAAUAAGGCAUUUUCCGUCGUUUUCGAUCCUUUUGCAGCUCCUUCUCCUCUUCACGUGUAACAGAAUAAUGUGAAGAGUUAUUUCCGAAGAUAUCUCGAAUAGAUAUCCGCGCGAGCAUAGAUAAAGAAAAUUAUCGAAAGACUAAACACACCGUGCCCCCACAUGGUUUGAGUAUAUACUUGUUAUUUAUUAGCAAUGGAACGCGUAUUGUUGCGAGAACCGACGACUGUUGGUUUUUCGAAGAUUUUGGACAUUCUAUCGAUAUUAUAACAUAUAAUAAUAAUAAUAAUCAUAUAAAAAUAUAUGAAAACACAAUAAUGAAAAAAAGUCUAUUGCGCGAGAUAUAUAUAUAUAUAUAUAUAUAUAUAUAUAUAUAUAU